AUGGCCUCUGGGGAUUUGAUGAUGGGUAUGAUCUUCUUAACCCUGACUGUGGUUGGAAUCCUGGGGAAUUUCUGUCUCCUUUCCUCCUACCUCUGCCUUGACUUCUCUGGAUGUAGGUUGAGAUGCACAGAUUUGAUUAUUAAGCACCUGAUUGUAGGCAACUGCCUAUUCCUGCUCCUUAGGGGAGUCCCACAGACCAUGGUAGUUCUUGGGUUUAGACAUUUCAUCAGUGAUCUUGGAUGCAAACUUGUUUUCUAUGUUCACAGGGUGGGCAGGGGUAUGUCCUUCAGCAGCAUGUGCCUCUUGAGUGUCUUCCAGGCCAUCACCAUCAGCCCCAGGGACUCCAGGUGGGCAGAGCUCAAAGUGAAAGCUCCCAGGUACACUAGCACCUGUGUAUUUCUGUGCUGGAUCCUCCACCUGCUGGUCAAUAUCAUUGUUCCAAUGCAUGUGACUGCAAAUAGGGGUAACAAUAAUAUGACAAACAGAAAAGAAUUUGGGUAUUGUUUUACUGGUGAUUAUGAAAAAAGUGUACAUGCAGUAAAUUCAGCCUUGCUGUCCCUCCCUGAUGUUCUGUGUUUGGGGAUCAUGCCCUGGGCCAGUGGCUGCAUGGUUAUCAUUCUAUACAGGCACAAGCAACAGUUCCAACACCUCCAUGGCAACAGUCCCUCCAACAGAUCCUCCCCUGAGUCCAGAGCAACCACAACCAUCCUUCUUCUGGUGAGCACUUUUGUGUCUCUCUAUGCUCUCUCCUUCAGCAUGCAUGUUUAUUUGGGUACUUCUCAGAAUCCGAGUCAAUUUUUGGUGCACCUCUCUGCCUUAACCAAUCUGUGUUUCUCUGCUGUCAGCCCAUUUAUUCUCAUGAGCAGAGAUGCCAAUGUCUCCUCGCUCUGCUUUGUCUGGAUAAGGAGCAGAACUUUCCCCAGGGCCCUCAGAAACAUGUGA